UAGGGAGUCCUGGAUCGCAUAUCCCGCCUCUGCAGGAAGUGAAAACAAAACAAGGGCGAUCAGAGCAAGAAAUUAGUGAUCAUGUGACCUCACAGCUAAAGGAUCGCAGUUGAAACGCAUUGAGAGGGACGGUGUUGUUUACUUAGUGUCAAAUAGAGCGACAUGUAACUUGACUUUUUAUAAUUUAUGCUUGGCUAAAUCCGUAGGAUUAGCCGUUCAACGGCCUAUAACCGGUAGCGGCGACGAACGAACGGUCUGCAAAGUGAUCUGUCCCGGACUGGUAUGCUAAGAAGAAUAGCGAGUCUGGCUGUAAAUUGUAAAACAGAAAACGUUGCGAAAUUUGAGUUAAAAAUGUCACGCCGUCUCAAUGCUCGCAGAAUCGAGGGUGUUGACAAAAAUAUAUGGGUAGAGUUUACCCAACUCGCUGCCGACUACAAAGCAGUUAAUUUAGGACAGGGUUUCCCAGACUUCUCCCCUCCAAACUACCUCCAGGAGGCGUUCUGCAAAGCAUUGACUGGAGGAUGUUCCAUGCAUCAAUACACCCGAGCUUUUGGCCACCCCCCCUUGGUAAAAAUUCUGGCCAAGUUCUUUGGUAUGAUAGUGGGGAGGCAGGUGGAUGCCAUGGAGGACAUUCUAGUCACUGUAGGGGCGUACCAAGCUCUCUUCUGCACUUUCCAGGCUCUUGUUGACGAGGGAGACGAGGUCAUCAUCAUCGAACCGUUCUUUGACUGCUACCAACCCAUGGUUAUGAUGGCAGGGGGAAAGGCUGUCUAUGUUCCGCUAAGGCCAAGAGCUGAAGGAAAGCUUCUGUCUAGUGAAGACUGGGUCCUAUCUACUGAGGAACUGGCUAGUAAAUUCUCUCAGCAUACCAAAGCCAUUGUCAUCAACACUCCAAACAACCCUCUAGGAAAAGUGUAUAAGAGAGAGGAACUUCAGGUGAUAGCUGACCUCUGUAUAAAACAUGAUGUGGUGUGUAUCAGUGACGAGGUGUAUGAGUGGCUAACCUACGAUGGAGCUGAGCACGUCAAGAUAGCCAGUCUCCCAGGAAUGUGGGAGAGGACUGUCACUAUUGGGAGUGCUGGAAAGAGCUUCAGUGCAACUGGAUGGAAGGUGGGCUGGGCCAUUGGUUCUGACCACAUCUUGAAACACCUGAAGACCGUCCAUCAGAACUCUGUGUACCACUGUGCCACCGCUGCUCAGGAGGCAGUAGCACAGGGUUUCCAGAGGGAGUAUGAGCAGUUUGGGACCCCCGAAAGCUACUUUCAGCAGCUGCCAGAUAGGUUGCACCACAAGCGCAGGAAGCUGGCCACGUGUCUGGAGAGCGUGGGGCUGCAGCCCAUCCUUCCAGAGGGAGGGUAUUUCAUGAUUGCAGACAUCUCCUCGAUCAAGGUUGACUUGAAUGACCCAAACACUCAAAAUGAGCCUCAUGACUACAGAUUUGUGAAGUGGCUGAUCAAAGAGAAGGGUUUGGCGACAAUUCCUGUUUCAGCUUUCUUUAGCCCGGAGCAUCGUGAAGAUUUUCAAAAUUACAUCAGGUUUUGCUUUGUCAAGGAGGACUCUACUUUAAAUGCUGCUGAGGACAUUUUAAGGAAGUGGAGUGAUGGAAAGUGAAAAACCUAUUAAAAAGCAUCCACUUGAAGCCACCCACAAUAAGUUUUUUCUAGCCUUGCAUAGUACCCUCGCUAGGUAGCUCAGCUUAAUCCGUCCUCAGGAAAAUCUUUAACACAAUCUCUGUUGGACAAAGGUAUAUGUUUUGUGGAUCAGGUCUGUUGAAUUGUAAUUAUUUAAAAAAAAUCAUAAUGGAAAAUUAUUGUGAAUAAAAUGACAAAUCGUUCUA